AACUGAUUUGUUAUGGGCUUAACAUGUACGCCAGGAUAUAUGAUUAACUCCACUAAACAUCUUGGCAAGAAUUUAGACAUAAAGUUCGAUUUUAACUAUUAGGCUACAUUGAUUUGUGGUCAAUAUUGUGAAUUGCCUUCUUGGUUUUUGCCCUCUCUGUUCAUAGUAGUGGCCUACUAUAAGCUUUUCGUAUAGUAUAUAAAUGUAUGCACACUUCCACUACAUCUCCACAAUCUUGUGUGUGUUUGCAGCCUCCCACCCACAUAAAUUAAGUCCAUCAGAACUGAGAAGAAGCAAUGAAGCAAGUUUCUCAUGCAGCUGCUAUAAUUUGUGUGUUUCUUCUCUUAAUCAUUCCCCACACAUCUGCUCGACUCCUUCUUUCGCAUCAAGGAGACGACGACAGUGCAGGCAUGAGCCUGCAGCAGCAGGAGGAUUUUUCAACUUUGAUGGGAUUGGAGGAAUCAUGUGGUGAUGGAGAUGAAGGGUGUGAGAAGAGAAGAAUGGUUAGCAUAGCUGUUGGUGCUGUGGGAGUCGCAAUGCACAUGAAGCUUCAAGUGUUUGUCUUAAGACUAAAAUUUAGGUAAGAUCUGUGGAGAUGCAACUCAGAGGAGUUUCUCUUUCGUUAUUUUCUUCCAAAAGGGAUCAGUACG